CCAUUUUGCAAAACGCGAGAUAGGUUCUGGCCCAGUGAUCACUGCCUGUUACCUAGUUUGUUAUGCGAAGUAAUAUGUACUGAACAUAUUGGAUUUAAAAUUUAUAAUUAAAGCAAGGAUAUACCUCACUUGCGAUAUAUUUCAAGCAAAGGGAUUUACUUAUCAAGCCGACAUCGAGUCGAAAAUAUGGACACGACUCGAAUUUUGGCGACAUUGGCGACAGCGAUGUGUUUUCUCCAGGUUUGCGUCGCCACGGGAUACUUUGAGCUCCAAAUACUCAAGGUUAAGAAUUUAGCUGGAGAAUUAGAAGAUGGAGAAUGCUGUGACGGAGAGAGGGGACUAUACGGAGUAUGCAAUCAAGACGAGUGUGAUACCUACUUCAAACUGUGCUUAAAAGAAUACCAGUCCAUUCCAAAACGAGUCGAUUCAACUUCAUGCACAUUCGGGUCCAGGAUCGGACCUCAACUUGGCGGGAACUCUUUCCAAUUGAAUAAAAUUAAUUCAGCAAGUCCGGGAAGAAUUGUGAUCGGAUUCCAGUUUGCGUGGAUGCGGACGUACACAAUGAUCUUGGAAGCUUUGGAUAAUGACAAUCGAACAGCCUACGACCGAGAUCCGAAAAGUCAACUUAUUGAAAGAGUCGUCCACUCAGGAAUGCUGAAUCCGGGGGACCAGUGGCACACUAAACAGCACAACGGACCUAUAGCCCAUAUUGAAUAUAAAAUACGCGUCCGGUGUGAGGAGCAUUACUAUGGAUUUAAUUGCACCAAAUUCUGUCGGCCCAGGAACGGAUUUUUCGGUCAUUUUACUUGCGAUCACGCGGGAAAUAAAAAAUGUUUAGAUGGUUGGAUGGGAAAAGAAUGCAAUAUCGCGGAGUGCAAGACGGGAUGCAGUGCUGAACACGGGAAAUGCUCUUCUCCUAAUGAAUGCAAAUGUGACUACGGAUGGCAGGGCGAACUAUGCGACAAGUGCGUCCCAUACCCUGGAUGCGAACAUGGAACAUGCACCAAACCAUGGCAAUGCCAAUGCGAUACAAACUGGGGAGGACUGUUGUGUGAUAAAAAUUUGAACUAUUGUGGAACCUUUCAACCAUGUUUGAACGGUGGUACCUGCACAAACCCCGAACCAGAUCAUUUCGAGUGUAAAUGUACUGAAGGAUACAAAGGAAAAAACUGUGAAAUAGCGGAAUAUGCGUGUGUCUCUAAUCCUUGUGCCAAUGGAGGUGUUUGUGAAGAGGAACCCGGCGGAUUUCGUUGUGAUUGUCCUGCCGGAUGGACGGGACAUACUUGUAGAAUAAACAUCGACGAUUGUGAAUUCUCGCCUUGUGCUCACGGAGGAGUUUGUCAUGAUCUGGUGAACGGUUUUCAUUGUGAAUGUCCUCCGCAUUGGGAAGGUUCGACUUGCCAACUCGAUGCGGAUGAAUGCAAGGACAGCCCGUGUGUACAUGCAGUAUCUUGCCAUAAUUUACCAGGACAUUAUCAUUGUGUGUGUGAGGCAGGAUGGGAGGGAACCAACUGCGAUACAAAUACAAACGAUUGUCAUGGUCAAUGCAGGAAUGGAGCAACUUGCAUGGAUCUUGUGAACGGUUUCCAAUGUGAUUGCGCUUCCGGGUUCAAAGGUGAAAAAUGUGAGAUCAACAUCAACGAUUGUGCAGGUGAUCCGUGUUUACAUGGCGGCCAAUGCAUUGACCAGAUUAACGGAUACCACUGCAUAUGCCCAGCUGGAUACUCUGGAAGACGAUGCGAGCUUGAAGAAGGAUACUGUGAACCUAACCCAUGUUCCAAUGGUGCUCAAUGCUUCAACUUGAACAACGAUUAUUACUGUAACUGCAGCGAUAAAUACAUCGGAAAAAAUUGCUCUCAACUCAGAGAUCAUUGUGAAACUGGGAUUUGUGAAGUAAUUGACAGCUGUCGAAUCCGCGUUACCAGUAACAACAGUGAUGACGUCAAAAUAUUAGAAUCAGGAAUAUGCGGUUCACAUGGCAACUGCGUGAGUCUCCAUGGCAACAAGUACAAAUGCGACUGUGAUCGUGGUUUUGAUGGACAAUACUGCCAGAGAAAUAUCGACGAUUGUACUCAUAAUUCUUGUCAAAAUGGCGGCACUUGUGUCGAUGACGUCAACGGCUUCUUCUGUAUGUGCAGAGAUGGAUGGGAGGGCGAUAACUGUGAAAUAAAUGUGGAUGAUUGUUCACCAGAUCCAUGUCAUGGUAGAGGAAGAUGCAUCGACUUAGACGACGAUUUUAUUUGUCAAUGUGAGAGAAAAUGGAAGGGAAAGACGUGCAACUCUCGUGCCAUGCAGUGUGAUGAAGAAACUUGCGCAAAUGGCGGGAAAUGUGUUACAAGAGAUUCAUCGUUCGUUUGCCACUGCCCAGAAGGAUGGACAGGCCAAUCAUGCCAUUUACGAACAACGAGUGUUUGUGCCGAUUCUCCUUGUCAAAAUGGCGGUACUUGUGUAGGAGACGGGAAUGAAAUUUCUUGCUUCUGUAGAGAAGGCUUCACUGGACUUCGCUGUGAAGAAGACGUGAACGACUGCAACCCUUAUCCAUGCUACAAUGGUGGAAAAUGCAUUGACGGAGAAAACCAUUACAAAUGUGAAUGCCCGACUGGAUUUGCUGGUCCGGAGUGCAGAAUAAACAUAAACGAUUGUGCGUCCUCACCCUGCGCGUAUGGAAGCACAUGCAUCGACGGAAUCAACGAAUACACAUGUGUUUGCCCACCUGGAAGAUUCGGAAAACGAUGUCAAACAGUCGAUGGACCAGCUGAAGCAUGUUUACGACAUGGAACUUUGUAUCCUCAUGGAGAGAGCUGGAACGAAGCCUGCAAUAAAUGUAAAUGUAAUAAAGGAGUCACCAAUUGUACAAAGAUCUGGUGUGGACCCCCUGUAUGCUUCACAAGUACCAUGUCACAGAACCCCUCAUGCCCACAAGGACGGAUAUGCGAAAUACUUCCGCAAACGGAUUGCUUUACCCCAGAAUGCAAAGCCCGGGGAGUGUGUCGUAGUGUGUCUGAAAUUUCUGAACCCCCAUCUCGAGGAUGGCCACCACUUGAUGUCGCUCCCAAGUGUUUUCCAAACAAAGAGAAAUUCCCUCCCACAAAUUGUGCUCGUAUCACUCUGGUUUUCGACAGAGAUGAAAUGCCCCAGGGUAUCUACGUCCAAGACAUUUGCACAGCAAUUCGAUUGGUCCCGGCUUUGAUUCAAUAUGCGUCGUCACAUCUACUUGUUAUAAGAUGCGCAAUACAGAAAACGAAUCCGGACGGAGUGCAGAUUACUAUUUCAAUGAAUUCGACGAAAGAUGGCGAUUUGGCUUCUCACGCAGCAGACUCGCUUUCAAACGCCUUGACGAAUGGAGCAUCCAGUUUUCCUCUUCUAGACGCGAUCAAAGAAGUCAAACUAGAGACGACGAUUGUUGUCACAGACGCUCCUAAAGCUGCUCAGUCGCAGUUCAUGAUGCCUUUACUGAUAUCUUUGAUCGGGGCGGUCGUUCUCUUGUGUUCUCUGGGUAUAUUGUGUCUGUGUUUCGCUCGUCGAAGAAGAAGAAGGCGAAGACGUCAUAAUGAUGACGUCAUGUCAUCACGUCACGAUUUACCAAUGGAACGUGACAAUAGUUCAAGAACUCUGCUAUCGCCGAAACAAAACAACCUCGCCGAAAUUUCAGCAAAACUGACGAAAUCGAAUCGAACCGAGGAAAAGAAUUUAUACAGAAGAGAAGUUCUACAAGUCCGGGUUCGAACCGAAUCCGAAUCUGAUAUCGAAUCUAUUGACGUGUCAAAGCAAAAUCUUAGCGUCUCACCCCCGUCCACAAAAGUUAUUCAAUCUAGCGGGCGUUCAUCUUCGAGAGGUAUUCCCCUUUCUGCGGGUCACAGUUCCAAUGACAACCGUCGAUAUGCAUCACCACCUACUACGUCAACACAGCUCGAUGACGUCAGCGAUGACGACACAGUUCAAGAAGAAGAUAGCGUGUUUCUAUCACCGUCAUCUCGUCAUGAUGACUUCACAGCGUCCUAUUCAUCAGACUCUGAAGUUGCGACGCUAUUGUACCGCCCACAUCAGCAACAACCACACUCAUCGGGCGUUACCCCCACCCCCUCCCGAGCGGAGACCGCACAAUUCACUCGACUGCCACCUUACGAUAGCAUUGUAAACAGCCGACACUCUUCAGCGUCCGGGGUGGCGGGGAGAUCCACUUCGCCCCCUCCUUCUUAUACGAGGCAUUAUAAGCCCUAUUCGUCACGAACACAGCAAAGGAGCUGCGCAUGCUCCCCUUCAAACACUAGUGACGUCACGACAACGUCACAACAUGCUAGACAAUUACCUAUGACGUCAUCACACCAAAGAUUGGCGUCAUCGUCUUCAAACUAUUUACCAGAAGGCAAUAAUUCUAAUAAUAACAGUAACCGAUAUUCUAUAUCCGCGUCCAAUAGAAGUAUACAUCGUAAUAACUCUGAAAACCGGACGCGGACGCCGGAUAUCCGACCGGAUAACCGAAGAUCUCCGGCACCGGAUAACCGGAGAAAUUCGUCCGUUUUAUCGGUCAACUUGCGACACACGCAUGAAGUCACUGUUUGAAAGUUGAUUUAAACUCUGCAGAAUUUUUUAUUUUUCAAUUUUUUACGAAAAAAUUCAUUGACCCAUGAAACUUAGCCAGCCAUAACGGUCAUGCAUGAGCGGGCAUUUUUGCACAAUUGAAGCUGCAACGUUUUUCAAUGUCUUGUCGCAUUUUCACAUGUCAUAUAUACGACGAAAAAUUGAAAUAACCUGACCGGAUUUCGAACCCCUGUUAUUAAUGUUUUCCAUUAUUGAAAAAAUUCAACUGUGCCUGGAUACAUCUGAAUUAUAAUGGAAUGUAACAAAGUUUUCUUUUUAUAUUUCAAACCCCCUACUCCCAUCCAAACAAAACAAAAAAAUACUGAGCAGAAUUUAGUUGUUUAACAGUGGUUCUCAAACUUUUUUUGGUUUCGGCCCAUCUGGAGAUGUUACGGGGCCCAGAAGUAGGCCAUGGCCGACUGGUUGAAAACCGGUGGUUUAAUCAAAUAAUUCGAUUUUUAAUUUCAGUGGAAGCUUGUAGCUCAAAGUUCUAUUUUAAUCCACCAAUGAGGUUUAAUUGUAAACGUCCACUGACAAAUUAUUAGUUUUGACAAUUUAAUAUUAAUCGUAAUUUCGUUGCACAGUCGAUCUAAUCAAUUCAAAGUUUUGAAUUUUAUUAUUUUAUCCCCUUUCUUCUACUUCCCAAUGAAAAAAAAUUCCUAAAAUACUUUGUGUGCGUUCAAAAGUUAUCUCGGCCUUUUACCUUUUAGAGAGAAAAUCGUAGAAGUUUUUUGUUCUCAUUUCAAUUACUUAUUUACAGAAAUUUUAAACAGUUUGAUAAUCGUGGAAAAUUCAAGUUCAAAUGAGUUUUUUUACUCCCACUCGCCCCAAAAAAAUUUAUUUUUCAAAUUUAUGUGAUCAUGUGACUUUUUAAAUCCCAGUAACCACAGCAAAGAAAAAAGUCAAACAGCCUUUAUUUAUUUUUUUAGUUUGAUUUUAUUUUUUUUAUGUUUUUAUCGAUCAUGAAUAAGUAAAAUUACUUUUUUUGCCCCAAAAAUCUCCCGGAAUUAUGUUUUUCAACGUUUUAUUUCAAAGAGCAACUUUUCGGUGAAAAAUUUAUUUUAUAGAAAAAUUCACUCACAAUGGAAAAUAGGUCAAAAACUAGGAUGAAGUGACGUCACCGUGACUGAAUGACGUCACAAAGCGUGACGAAACUUCAGACUCUAGCAGAUACGAUAAACUUAUCAUCUUUCAACUUUGUGGAUUUUUCCAAAAAUAAAUUUUUCAUCGAUUUUUAAAUUUGGAAGCUUUUUUUAUUUAAAAUGCACUUCGCUUUUAUGUUAUGUUAUUUUUUAUUGCUUAUUUUGUAUUUGUGUCUUAGUUUUUAUUUUUUUGUGAUCAAAGCUCUAUAGAUCAUAAUUGUAACUCAAAAACUGGCUCAUAAUAUCAAAAAAAUGUCGAUAAUUUUAUCGUCAUUUUGAUGUAAAAUGAUUUUUUUGACAAUUUUUUGGAAGAAAUUUUUCUUCAAUUUCAUUCAAAUCAAUCAUUUCCGGUGAAAUUAAAGUUUCAUUUCACAAAAUAACACUGCAAAAACAGCACAAAUUUCAUUAAAUUUCGUUUGUAUACAAUUUUAUUGUGCUUCAUUUUUUGUAAUCAUUGUAUUUCUUAUAUUGUUUAACUUAUUAUUUUCAGAGAAUUCAAUCACAAAUUAAAAAAAAAUUGGCCCAAAAUUUAGAAUUUUCAUUGCAAGAAAAAUUUGUAAAAAAUAUUUGUCAAAAUGAAAACUUGAACUUCAAUUCACUUAAAAAGUCAUUACCGGGUUUGUGAACUUUCCACUUUGAACUCUAGAAUGAUCUUUUCGAACUAAAGUAAUUGAACUUUGAAGGACAGCUAUUUUAUAUGGGCCAAACUUCAUCAUGUUGUAUUUGAGCCACUGUUCUAGUGAAAUUAUUGCUCACAAAUUUCAUCAAUUCAUAGAUUUUAAAUUCACAAUUUCGUGAGACAUUGUUUCGGUACAAUUUGUUUUUCUCUUUUGUGCAUUUCUGCAAGAUAAACGUCAGAGCAGUCCCAGUACAAUUCUUGCCCACGAUUCACUUAUUCGUGAGACAUUUUCACUUAUUCGUGAAACAAAUUCACUUAUUCGUGAAACAAAUUCACUUAUUCGUGAAAUUUAUUUUUUCAAAAUUUGCUUUCUGACUACUAGAUUCUCUGCAAAAUUAUUGUACUCACGAAACGGGCUUGGCUUUGUGUAUUUCAACGAGAUUUUGAUUUGACCAGCUCCAAGUUCCCCCCCAAUGCAAAUUUAUGUUUUGUGUCUAUUCUAUAACGUCACCAUGAACAUUGUAGCUAAAGUUUUUCAGAUAAUUCAGUUAUUCAUUCAGUUCAUUGUUUCUUUCUGCUAUUAGUAAUCAUUUCAUGCGGAACUUUCUGGCGGGAAUAUAAAAAAUCGCUGAAUUUAAGCGAAUUUUAUAUAACGGGCUCACUUUCUAUUUAAAAUAUAACUUUUUACUUUCGUGUUCCUUUUUUUAAUUUAAUUUUUCCGCGUGUAAAUAAAUUUUGUCGAUAGUGAUAUUGUGAUAUGUAAAUAAAAAGCAACAACAAAGUUUCUUACACAC